AUGCGUCUUUUGCCAACGCUCGCCACCGCCCUCCUGUUCGCAGUCAAUGUGACCGGAAGUCCAGCCGCACCUUCAGCCUCGGUGGAAUCCGUCACCCCCGUCGUGAAUAGUGUAGACGAGGCCGCUCCGACAACCUCAGCCCCGACAACCUCCACUGCUCAGGCAAACAAUGUCAAUCAGGCCAAUGUCGCAGCCGAGACUACUACUGCCGCCGACACCGUCAAUGCUGCCGACACGGCUACUGCGCCUGCGCCUGCGACGGAAGAGACCACCGCUGUUGCAGAAACCGCAGACCCGACCACGGCCAACCCUGUGGAAUCCGUGGUCGGUGGUAUAAAGACCGCUCUUGGUGCCGAUGCGAAUAAAUCAAAUUCAGCCGAUGCAGCCAGUUCGACUGGAACUGUUGAUAACUCGGCUGCUGUAACUAGCUCCUUCGCUGCGGCGACUACCUCCUCGGCCCCCAAGGCUACCUCCUCCGCUGCAUCUGAUACAGGCACCUCAAGCACCAAGUCUACCAGCUCUGAUAGUAGUUCCGACGAUACCACAUCUUCUGAUAUCCUGCCAGACUUGAAAGAUGCCUUGUCGAGUUUGCUCGGGGGUAGUGGCGGCCUUGGGGACCUUCUAAGUGGUCUUGAAAGUUUGCUUAACCCCAGCUUCUUGGGUAAUUUCGCCGACACCUUCGAAUAUCUCUCUACCGGUCUAGCACCCCCGGUCGACAACCAGCUCCGAACCUUGGUGGGCAAUGCCAACGACCUCCUGACUGCAAGCUUCAUCAAGAAGACCGGUAGUCUCAUUGACAAUGCCAAUAGCCUCUUGACCGAGGAGAACACCAAGGAGAUUGGAACUCUCCUCCAGGUGGCCAAUAAGUUGUUGUCCAGUCAGUUUAUCGACAAGGUGGACAAUCUCAUCGACAACGCCAACAACCUCCUCACCUCCAAUUUCGUCAAGAAGACCACAAACCUCAUUGACAAAGCCAGCCCUCUCAUUGACAAGGCUAGCCCUCUCAUCGAUGAUGCCAGUGGCCUGCUUACCGAGAAGAACGUUCAAGCGAUUCAGUCACUCUUGACCAACGCCAACACGCUGCUUACUGCCACAUUUGUCAAGGAGACCACCAAUCUCAUCGGCAAGGCCAGCCCUCUCAUCGACGACGCCAGUGGACUCCUUACCGAGGGCAAUGUCAAGGCAAUUGAGUCACUCUUGUCCAAUGCAAACAAACUGCUCACACCCAGCUUUAUCUCGACUACCGGCCAGCUCAUCAAGCAGGCCGGUCCUCUCAUCAACCAAGCAAGCGGUCUUCUCACCGCGGGUAAUGUCAAGGAGAUUGAAUCACUUUUGGGCAAUGCCAACAAGCUGCUCACGCCCAGCUUUAUCUCGACCACCGGCAAGCUUAUCAACCAAGCCGGUCCUCUUAUCAAUCAGGCAAGCGGUCUGCUUACUGAGGGCAAUGUCAAAGAGAUCGAGACUCUCCUCGGCAAUGCUAAUAGCCUGCUGACUACCAGCUUCGUGAACCAGACAACUAGUUUGAUCGAUGAAGCUAGUGAGCUCUUGUCUUCGGAUACGGUUGACGGGCUGAAGUCUCUCCUCACUCAGCUUACUCCUAUCAUUCCCGAGCUGAAGGGCCUGCUCAAGCCAGCCACUAUCAGCGCAAUUGAGAACGUGCUUGGCAACGCUAACAAGUUGCUCACGGACUCCUUCGUCAAGGAUACCAAUACUCUGGUCACCGAGGCUGUCGGCCUUCUCACCCCCGACCUGGUCAAGGCUCUAAAGUCGCUUCUUAGCGACCUUACUCCGCUGAUCCCCGAGUUGAAGUUGCUGUUGACCAAGGAAACAAUCAAUUCGAUCGAGGCCCUCUUGAACAACGCCGGAAACUUGCUCACGUCAGACUUCGUCAAGGAAACCAAGGGACUGGUCGGCGAAGCCAGCGACCUCCUCACUCCGGAGGUGGCCAGUGGGUUGAAGUCGGUCCUGAAGGACGUCAUUCCUUUGCUUCCGGAGCUGAAGUCGCUUCUGAACAAGAGCACCAUCUCUGCCAUUGGCUCUCUCCUGUCCAACGCCAACACCCUCUUGACCCCCAAGUUCGUCAACGAGACCAUUGGUCUGGUCGACAGCGCAGACGACCUCCUGACCCCAACCAUCGUCACUGGACUGAAGGAUCUCCUCGGCGACGUCAUUCCCCUGAUCCCCGAUCUCAGAAAGUCACUGCUGAACACCACCAUCAUCACCGACCUGGGAUACAUUGUGACCAACGCGACGACUUUGCUCACGCCCGCCUUUGUCGACGAUACCGCAGACCUUGUCGAGAACGCCGAUGGCCUCUUGACCCCCAAGGUGGUCAGCACGCUCAAGGAGAUUCUUGGAUACGUGCCUGAUUUGUUGCCCGAGGUGAAGAAGUUGCUCAAGCCAUCUGUCAUUUCGGAUGUUGGCGCGCUCUUGGAAAACGCUCAUGAUCUCCUCACUCCUAAGUUCGUCAACGAGACAAGCGUGCUGAUCGAUGACGUGACAAGCUUCUUGCCUUUGAUCCAGGAAUUGCUCAAGGCGCUGUGA